AUGUCUCCUAAUAUUUUCCUUCUAUUUUUAUUUUUUAAUUUAUUCAUAUUAUUUGAACAAAUUAACUGUGAGUGCAUUAAGGAAGCUUAUAACUUUUGUACCGGCAAAAAUAAAUGCUGUCCUGGCCUAACUUGUGCAAAUAACGCAGCAGGCACUUCAUUUUGUAUCAAACAAAAAUGUAUUAAAAAAGAUGCUGAAUGCGAUGUAGGGAAAAACCAAUUUUGCUGCCCUGGACUAUUUUGUUCUUUUGAUCAACGGUGUGAAACGUGUUUGCAGGAUGGUGAAUAUUGCGGCCUGGGUAUUUAUAAUUUUAAAUGUUGUAAAAAUAACUGUGGAAAAAUAAGUGGAAUUUGCGGAAAGCCUUGAAUUAAAUAAACGAAAAUUAAUUUUAAAAAAUGCUA